AUGGGUCAUCGCCGAUUCUUGCCACCGGACCACAUCUGGAGAAAGAAAAAGACUAUUUUUAAUGGCUAUGCAGAGCAUCGCGACCCACCUACGGUGUAUUCUAGAGAAGAUAUACUGAUUCAACUUCAAGAUAUUCCAAAUGCAAAUUUUGGUAAAGGCAUAAAGAAAAGAAAGUGUACCAUAGACGAGUUUAAUUGGACCAAAAAAAGUAUCUUCUUUCAAUUGCCGUAUUGGUUGACUAUAAAGAUUAGACAUAAUCUAGAUGUAAUGCACAUUGAGAAGAAAAUUUGUGACAACAUCUUAGGAACUUUGAUGAAUAUCUCCAGAAAAAUUAAAGAUCAUCCUAAUGCACGUCGUGAUCUUUCCAAUCUCAAUAUAAGGAAGGAGUUACACCUUAUUCAGGAUGAUACACGCAUUAGUAUGCCACAUGCAUGUUAUACAUUGUAUGGAGUUGAGCGGACUGGUUUCUGUAAUUGGUUGCGAGGUGUGAAAUUCCCAGAUGGAUUCGCUUCAAACAUUGACAGAUGUGUUAGUGUACCUGAUUGUAAAAUCUCGGGGAUGAAAAGUCAUGAUUGCCAUAUUUUCAUGCAAAGGUUACUUCCUGCUGCAAUUUUUGGAUACUUACGCCAAGAUGUUCGAUUGGCACUAACUGAGUUAAGCACUUUUUUCAAAGAAUUGUGUGCUAGAACAUGUAAGGUGGAUGUCUUAGAGCGGCUUCAAGCUAAUAUUGUCGUCAUUCUCUGCAAGUUUGAGAUGGUUUUUCCGCCUACCUUCUUUGAUGUAAUAGUGCACUUAGCCUACCAUUUGCCACGUGAGGCUCUGCUUCCAGGACCCGUUCAAUAUAGGUGGAUGUAUCCUUUCAAGAGGUAUCUUGGAAAAUUCAAGAGAUAUGUUAAGAAUAAGGCCUGCCCGGAAGGUUCAAUAGCCAAGGCCUAUAUCCAUGUAGAAUGCUUGAAUUUUUGUUCCAUGUACCUUCACGAUGUCGAGACUAGAUUCAAUCCCCUCGAACCUAAUGUUGAUGAAGAAGAUGAGGGUGUACGAGAGGGACUAUGUAUUUUUUCACAGAAGAUUCAAAGUCUGCUUGCCGAUAAUCCCAGAGAAGUUUCGGAGGAUCUAUAUGCCCUAGCAUGUGGUCUUGACCCUUGGUGUGCAUCCUAUUCGGGUUGCAUAACCAAUGGUAUAAGAUUUCACACAAAAAAUCAUGAAGAACAUCGUCGCACCCAAAACUCAGGUGUCAUGGUGAUUAGUGAACAACCAGGAUCUGAAAAGCUUGAGUUCUUUGGUAGACUAACAGACAUUUUGGAAAUUCGCUACAUGGGUUGGCAUCAUGUUUACUUAUUCAAAUGUGAAUGGUUCGACAUCUCUGAUUCCAAACAAGGGAUACGUGUGGAAAAACAUUUUAUUAGUAUGAAUAUGUCUCGGACAGCUUAUAAGGACGACCCUUUUGUUUUGGCGUGCCAAGCGUCGCAGGUGUUUUACCUAAAAAAUCGCAGCAUCCGUGGUGAUUGGUAUAUAGUGCAAAAGGUCAAAGGUCGAAAUGUCUAUGACGUUCCACGAAAACCCCUAAUUGAAGAUGAUGCAUCUGAUUCUAGCAACGUUGAUGCAUACCAAGAGGAUAAUUCUGGCGAUGCUUACGUGAAUAUCCAUGCUAAUGACAUUCCACUGCAAACAAACAUGCACAGGCCUAAUGUUGAGCCAGAGCAGAUUGAAGUUGACACAUCGGUAAUGCAAAGGUCAAAUUGCAACCAGUUUGAGAGGGGGUUUAUCAAUGACGAUACAAAUGAAGACAGUUCUUCUCACAGCACCGAAGUGGAGGGUAGCAUAGAAGAAGAUAGUCUCUCAGACGAUGAGAUGAACUAG